UCCAGGACAAGAACCGGAAGCUCCGUCCCCUCUACGACAUCCCCUACAUGUUUGAGGCUCGGGAGUUCCUGCGCAAGAAGCUCAUUGGGAAGAAGGUGAAUGUGACCGUGGACUACAUCCGGCCCGCCAGCAGCGCCACCGACACCGCACCUGCCUUCUCAGAACGCACCUGUGCCACAGUCACCAUUGGCGGCAUCAACAUUGCGGAAGCCCUGGUCAGCAAGGGCCUGGCCACCGUGAUUCGCUACCGCCAGGACGACGACCAGCGCUCCUCCCACUACGAUGAGCUGCUGGCGGCUGAGGCGCGGGCCAUCAAGAACGGCAAAGGAUUGCACAGCAAGAAGGAGGUCCCAAUCCACCGAGUGGCUGACAUCUCUGGGGACACCCAGAAAGCCAAGCAGUUCCUGCCCUUCCUGCAGAGGGCCGGCCGCUCGGAAGCCGUGGUGGAGUACGUCUUCAGUGGCUCCCGCCUCAAGCUCUACAUGCCCAAGGAGACCUGCCUUAUCACCUUCCUCCUGGCGGGCAUCGAGUGUCCCCGCGGAGCCCGCAACCUGCCCGGCCUGGUCCAGGAGGGGGAGCCCUUCAGCGAGGAGGCCACGCUCUUCACCAAGGAACUGGUGCUCCAGCGAGAGGUGGAGGUGGAGGUGGAGAGCAUGGACAAAGCGGGGAACUUCAUCGGCUGGCUGCACAUUGAAGGCGUCAACCUGUCCGUGGCCCUGGUGGAGCAGGCCCUCUCCAAGGUGCAUUUCACCGCAGAGCGCAGCAACUACUUCAAGCCCCUCCUGGCUGCCGAGGAAGCCGCCAAGCAGAAGAAGGAAAAGGUGUGGCUGCAGUACGAGGAGGCCCCUGUGGAGGACGUGGUGAUGGUCCCGGAGGAGAAGGAGCGCACGGCCAACUACAAGGCCGUCUUUGUCACCGAAAUCACCGACGACCUCCACUUCUUUGUCCAGGACGUGGAGACGGGAACGCAACUGGAGAAGUUGAUGGAGACCAUGCGGAGCGAGAUUGCCGCCCACCCGCCUGUGGAGGGCUCCUACUCCCCUCGCCGCGGAGACUACUGCCUCGCCAAGUUUGUCGACGGAGAGUGGUACCGAGCUCGAGUGGAGAAGGCCGAGUCGCCAGCCAAAGUGCAUGUCUUCUACAUCGACUAUGGCAACAAGGAGAUGCUGCCUUCCUCCCGGCUGGCUGCCCUGCCUCCAGCGUUCAGCACUUGUGCGCUGCCUGCCCAGGCCACGGAGUACAAGUUUGCCUUCAUCCAGGUGCCCCAGGACGAGGAGGCUCGGGCAGACGCCGUGGACAGCGUGGUGCGGGACAUCCAGAACACGCAGUGCCUGUUGAACGUGGAGCACCCGGGCCCCAGCUGCCCGCACGUCACGCUGCAGUUUGCCGACUCCAAGGGCGACGUGGGGCUGGGACUGGUGAAGGAGGGGCUGGUCAUGGUGGAGCCCCGGAAGGAAAAGCAGUUCCAGAAAGUGAUCACAGAAUACCUGAAUGCCCAGGAAGCUGCCAAGAGUGCCCGCCUGAAUUUGUGGCGCUACGGAGACUUCCGGGCCGAUGAUGCUGACGAAUUUGGCUACAGCCGCUAGACGCAGAUGGUGACAAUCCAGAGCAGCCUCCUGAGCCCCAGCUGGGCACCACCAGCAGCCCCCCUCCCUUCGGAACCCCGGCCCCUGCCUGCCUCCCUCUGGAACCUCCUGGAAACCCCCAUGGGCCGGGCAGGGCAGGGGGGGAGCUUAGCUCAGCUUCCAGGAAUGGCUGGACCAUGGGGGGGGGGGAAGGGGCAACUGGAGGCUGCCUCUCUCUCUCUCUCUCUGCCCCCCCCAAGCCUGCUUCUGUCUCCAGGCAAGUGAGGCGGGGGGAGGCCCGAUUGUGAGGCUUUGGAAGCAAAUAAAAGUAGUCAAAAGCUG